AUUGUGGACUGACAUUUAAGCCUAGUCAUAAUAUAACUGUGCUGUAUAACGUAUGACGUAAGGUUGUUAAGCAUAAGAAAUGAAAAUAAUUCAUUUAAAUAGAUUCUUGUGGACUAGGCUUUAGGGUUGGUUUAUUGAGGCCGUAAUCUAUUAACUUAUGCCGUAACUGUAAAAAAUUGACAAAUCAUAGUCGAUUAUUCUUCUAGAAUUCGAUUAUGAUUGGUCAAUGUUUGAGCAUUUAAAGAGAUGGCGCAACACGUAUAUUUCAAAUUGGUUUAGGGACUCUAAUUUCAAAGAUACUGAUAGAAUAUAGAAUUUUUGUACCGGUUAUAUUGUGUGUUUGAAUUUCCGGUACACGACAUUUGAUUGGCUGCUGUCAGCAUACUGCUCUGUGUAGUUUGGAUACAAGAAUUUAAAUAUGAUUGUUGAACAAAAUAUCGUAGAAUUAACGCAAAAAUGAAAUAUGAACUACUUAAUUGUGUAAUGUAAUUGACGUUAUGUAUUAAAAAUACGAUUGAAAAAUUUUUAUAAACAUCAAAACAUACAACAUCAUUUUGGAAGAAAGAAGAACAAAGAAAAGAAAGUGAUGGAACAAAUAUAAAGAGAGAUGAACGUCACCGGUAAAUUAUUGCACAAUAAAAUUCGCGAAUUACGCCCGGACUUGUCGUCUGGAAUCACAUCCGAGAUCUUGAGCAAGAUUUGCGAUGAUCCGAAUACGCAACCUUUCCUCGAAUGGUUCUGCAAGAAUGUUAGUAGUGCCAAUAUUCUCUCCAAUGAAGAGAUGAAACUAAAAAAUAUAUUGGAAGAUGCAGGUGAAUGGUUACAGGGUGAAGCGUUGGAUGCUGCGUUGGAAGAGGCUACUAAAGAUUGCCCAAAUUUGUUGCAACUUGUCAAUUUAGAAGAUACAUGUAAAGAGGAUUUAUUUGUAGAAUACGAAGUAUUGAAGGAAAGCUAUAGAGAAGAUGAAGAAUAUCUACAAUCAUUAAAGCAUAGCAUAAAAACUCUAAAAGAAGUCGAAAAUAAGCUGGAUGAUGACAUUGAAGAAGCAGAAACUGUGUUGAAUAAAGAACAGAUUGAAACAGAAAAGGCAUAUGAUGAUUGUGGCGUCAUGCUAAAGGAAUUUGAUAAGGAUAAUUGUCAUUUUUCUAAGGAUAUUGACAACCUUUUAAAUGUGUAUGCCGAUGCUGCUAAAAAUCAAGGAAAUGCAGUAUUGUGGUCACAAAUGCCUCUAGACUUAUUUAUUAAACAAAUAGAGUUGUAUAAUAACUACCUGGGUAUUCAUAUAAAGAAGCAAUUUGGAGUCAGUACUAAGAAAGAAGAGCAAGAAGAGGAUUCAGAUUAUGAAUCUUUAAGUACUAUGAAUGAUAGUAGGGAUAAACAGAUGGAUGGAAGGAUGCAAGAGUUAGUCUUGUGCAAGACAAAUUUAAUGAAUUCUAAAUUAGAAGAGAUCCGUGCUAGCAUUCAAGAGGAAUCUUGCAUGACAAUGUUACAGUGUGUACAGGAUAUCUACAAUGGUGGGGUCUUGAAAGUGCCUGAAGAUAACAAAUUGCACGAUGAAAUACAAAUGUUAACAAUGAAAAGGGAUAUCUUGGAGCAGAACGUUGAACUUUUGCGGGAUCAACAAUUACCAGAGGUAGAGCAAUUUGCGGAAAUGGAGACGAUAAAGAUUUUGAAAAAUGAUGCACUCGCCCGUCUCGAACGGAGGAAAGCUCGUCUCGAGAAGCUCAAGAAUUUACAUUCUCUCGCAGGAGAGCAUGGACAUGUUCAUGUAGACUUGCUCUGUAUACUAAUGGAGAUGCAAUCUCGUUGCUUACGUGAGGUUGCCGAAUUCAUCGCUGAUGCUCGUCACUACAUCAUCACGGAGUAUAAUCUCUCGUCUACAAGAUGUGAAAUCAUGCAACAAGAACAAGACGAAUAUACGAAUCUCAUGACGCAAUCUUCAAAAACAUAUAAUACAUUUAAUCAAAUAUUCACAUCCAUAAUGCUCGGUGAUGAUAUUUCGGACAAAUCACUCUCUUCCGCAUUGAAAAGAUACGACGACUUAAUAGCCGAUAAUGCGGAAAAAAAGAAAUUAAUGUUGGAAAUAUAUUUGAAUAAUAAAAUUGACAAAUUACAGAAAAUAGAGCAUGAAAUUAACAAAGAUUACAUGACUGAAACACAAACUGGACCAACAAUCAGCCUCAAGCCAAUUUCAUACGAAAUAAGCUCCAAAUGCGAAGAAAUAUCUGCCAUUGUCCAAGAUGUACAAGGAGAUAUAACAAGAGUUAGAAAUCAGUUUAAAGAACGAAUGAGAAUGGGCACCAAUCUAAAACGCGAGAAGGACAUCUUGUGGCAAAGGUUCUUAGCAGAGCCAGAUACACUAAGAAUGAGGUACGAGGAAGCGAAACAAAAAGCGAACGAGUCUCAUUUUGGAGAUACGUAAAAAAUAAGCUUAGUCAGUAAAUCAAGUCUAAACCGAAUCUGUAUGAACAAGUUAUAGGCACAAAUUUUAUAGGAAAAGAAGAGAAAUACUUGCGUAUUUUUAUAUAGUUUUAUAAAUUAAAAAAUUACAGAAUAAAUGUAGAGUUAAUGUGAUAUUAAGUAAAACAAAGAUCCAA